AUGGGCCAAGGGGCAAGCGGCCUCAAGGCCUUGAAACGAACUGACCCUACAGCAUCGUGGCAGAUCUGCGACCAGCUUGGAUCUGGAUCUUAUGGAACCGUGAACAAGGUCAUCGCACGGACGGACGGAGAGGUUGCCGCAGCAAAGCUGAUCAACCUGCAGACCAAGGAGGAACUUAAUACAUUCGCGGAGGAGUUGAAGGUGCUGACGAGCAGACGACACAUGAACAUCACCAACUUUGUGGAUGGGUUCCUUCGCAGCAAAGACUUGUGGAUCAUCAUUGAACUUUGCGAGGCUGGCUCCUUCGCCGAUGUCAUGGACACUAUGGGCCGACCCCUGACGGAUCGCGAGAUCCAGUGCGUUGCGUUCCAGGCGCUCGAAGGCCUCGACUUCCUGCACACAAACUGCGUCAUCCACCGCGAUAUCAAGGCCGCCAACAUCAUGCUCAGCGACCACGGCCUGGCCAAGCUCGGCGACUUUGGCGUAUCUGCAGUGCUCCGCAGCAAACAGCAGCGCCGGUCGUCGUUCAUUGGAUCGCCGAACUGGAUGGCCCCCGAAGUCGCCGCCUGCGAAACCGACCGCACACGCAGCUACAACUUCAAGGCGGACAUCUGGUCGCUCGGCGCAACCGUCAUCGAACUUGCACAGAACAAGGCCCCCUUCAACGACAUGCACGCACUCAAGGUCCUCAUGUGCGUCACUUCUGGAACAGUGCCGACACUGGACGAGCCGCAAGCCCACUCCCCCGAUAUGAUCAAGUUUCUCUCCUUCGCCCUCACUGUUGACGCGAGCGCGCGGCCAGAUGCAGCCACGCUCCAGCGCCACGCUUUCUGCAACGGCCAAACUGAUCGACAUCUCCUCGCCCGCCUGGCAUCCGACAAAUUGGAGGCUGAUCACAAGGCGCGACAAGCAAUUCAGCGAAAACAGAGCGAGCGCAUCCAGAAACUUCGACAGUCCUUCUCAGAUCUGUGCUGA